GCUUAGCCAACUUACAGAAAAAAGAAAAAGCUGAAAACAGUUUUCUGUUUUAGUUUAAAAAGAAUAUGGCCGUGUUAGGGCCGUGUGUGAGUGGAAAUAUGAACGGGCAAAGUAAUAUCCAUAGUCAGUUAACAAAAUCAUUAGAAAGAAUUUUGGAAGAUGCGUACCUUAGUGGUGAAUUAAAAUUAAGUGGACGUAAACUUAGAGAUUUUCCGAAACCUGUGAAAUAUGACUUGAGUGAUACAGUUGUUGCUGAUUUAUCAAAGAAUCGGUUCAGUGAAGUGCCAGAUGAACUCACGACAUACGUUUAUUUAGAAAAGUUACUUUUAUCACAAAAUGUUAUCAAAAGCAUCCCGGAUGGCGUCGGCGGCCUGCAGUCCCUUACAUAUUUGGAUCUCAGUUCGAAUCAACUGACAGAAUUACCGCGUGAGGUGUGUCAGAUGCCACUGCAAGUCCUCCUCGUGCAAGACAACUUGCUCACCACGCUUCCCAAGGAGAUCGGUAAGAUGACGUCACUGGCUGAACUGGACGCCUCCAGCAACAGGCUGACGCAGGUUCCGAUGACCCUCGGAGAUUGUUCAGGUCUGCGAGCGCUCGACCUCAGUAAUAAUCAGCUGGGAUUGCUUCCGUUGCAAAUAACAUACUUGCGUCUCGAAUAUUUGGACGUUAGCUGCAAUUGCAUAUCGUCUCUGCCUCUGGAACUUCGGAACAUGGACACGCUGGUCACCCUUAAUCUGGAGAACAAUCCUCUUGUUUCGCCACCCACCACUGUAUGCAUGCGCGGGCGCGUGCACAUCUUCAAAUAUUUAGAGAACAUGGCGAACAAAGACACGUUGCCCUCGCACAAGAGAGUCGAAGAGACCCGGUGGUCGACCAAACAUAACUCGUACGUUAUCAGCUCGCCCACCCAGAACGUAACGCAUCAGAUCACCUCCGGCAACGCUACUAUAGACUGCCUCAGGCAUAAGCCGCGACACGUCGUGGACAGCGGCUACUGUACAGACGGAGUUGAUAAACGGUGGUCGAAUGAUGCCGGCGGCGAGGCAGGCGGCGGAUCCGGUCGCUCGACGCCGAGCACCCCAUCGACGCUGUCUCCGGGGGCCGCCCUCUCUCGGGCGCAAUCCCUCUCCAGCGAGACUCCUUUGGCGAACCCCUCGCCUUUGCUCUCCGGCUGUCGCAUAUCACCCGAAGGGAACAUUUCUAACUGUGAAGAUAAGAGUAAAAUAGCUCAUCAACAAACCUACAGACAAUACAAAGAAGCCCUAAGACAGCAACGCCAGCAAGACAUAUACCGUCCCCGCACAGAACAGUCCUCCCCCGAGUCGGAUUCCCCCCACCACCUCAGCCCCCUCCAUCACAAUUCCUCUCCCCAUCCCCCGAUAAACGGCUUUGGCAACACCUCCCCGAACCUCUACCGAUCGAUUUCUUCCAAUUCCAGUGCUUCCCCGAACGCCUCACAAGUGCCAAACUCGCCCCUCUUGCACUCGACCCCGCGGCGGUACCAAAACGGAAGCACCGAUAAACAGGAAGAGAACAAAAGGCCAGUCCAGAAGGUGGUACCCUCCAGGAACGUUGCCAAAGUGUCCGCCGUCAAUGGCAAUGCGGAUUACAAUCGCGUGAACGGUCAGCUCGAAGCUUACGUGAAACCCAGCUCGCCCACCAAGUCUCCAACGAACACUUUAGGCUACAAUAGCUUAGGGAAGUCCAGUAUACCGAGGCAAGUGAACGGAGACAGCGUCAAGUCGGUCACGACUUCCGUAACGCAAGUGAGAGGCAUGAUACCGCAGCCCGUAGGCAAGAUGGCGUGGAACAAAGAGACCAGCGCUGAGAAGUUAAGUUUCACCAUGAAGAGGGAGUUCGAUAAGCAGAAGGAGGAGUCGGAUCUGAUAGAACAGUUGAGGACGAUAAUAGAGAGCCGACUGAAGAUGUCGCUACCGGAGCAGAUAGCGCCAGUACUCGCGGACGGCGUCGUCCUGUGCCACCUCGCCAACCACGUGAAGCCGCGGGCCGUGGCUUCCGUGCACGUGCCUUCACCGGCACAGCCCAAAUUGACAAUGGCAAGAUGUAGGAGGAACGUAGACAAUUUUAUCGAGGCCUGUCGGAAAAUUGGCGUCGAAGAGACGGAGCUGUGCGACGCGCGGGACGUGUGCGCGGGGGAGGGGCUGGCGCGCCUGGCCGCCGCCGUGCGCGCGCUGCACUCGCUCGCCCCCCCGCCGCCCGACCCCCCCGCCCCCCACCACGUCGCCCCCUACGCGCGCGACGAACUCGUCCGCUACGACAGAGAAAAGAUGAAGCUCGCUUUAAAGGACAACCUGAACGAACAAUUCGAGCCGCUGACCGAAGAUAAGGAACGAUUCUAUUAUACUUGCCUCUGUCUAGGCACGUUUUUCGUGUCGACAUUAAUAUUGAUCUUGUAUCCCCUGUAGAUGUAGAUUUAACGCGGACAUAAAUGUAGUAGCUUGAUUUCUCGUAGUGUUUGUCGUUUAUUUUGAAGACAAAAGCAACGUAUUGUAGUACCCUGUGAAAGAAAUAUUUACUUAUACAAAAUGAGAUACUUAACUUAAUAAAAAUUAAAUUGGUUGAGGAAAACAUCACGACAUUCAACAUAGUGAAGAAGUUUUUAAGGAAAUGUAUUAGGAUUGAAACGACGCUGUGUUGAACGGAGCUUACAAAUAUUUGCCUUUGGUCGCAGUCUGACUGUGCCUUGCGGUCUGAAAUGAAAUUUUGAGGCCGCGCACGCGCCUUGUCUUUUGAGGCUGAAUAAAUGGAAUUUGUUGGAUGUGUACGGAACCGUCUGAAUGUUGAAUGAAAAUGUUGCUUGCAAAAAAAAAAAAGAAUUUUGAAGUUCGGAAUGAACUGUGUGAAGUUUGUAGUGUUUUGUUUUUGAGAUUUCGUUUAGAUCAUAAAAAGAAAAACGGAUUUUAUUCUGUAGAACACGUUCGUAAUUUCAACAGUGAUUACAAAAAAAUCUGAAAAUUAAUUCGAAGAUUCAUUUUGUAAGAAAUAAUAUUGAUGAAUGAUUGUGCAUUAAAACGGGGAUUCCCCAAGAGUCGAACGGGAUCAAUUUUAAUAGAUAAUCGAGUGAAUAUUAAAACGAACUUAAAUGAAAUGCUUAGUAAAGAUCAUAUAUUCGAACAUCUGUUUUUCUUUUUCUUUUUAUGAACUGAUUGAUACUAAAGAAACCCGCCUUGUAAAUUAUAUCUUAGUUACCGAAAAUGUAUUAAUUCGUCUGUUUAAUUGAUUCCAUUGUUUUGAAGUUCAUUCCUUUGUGGGUGCAUUUAAAAUUAUUUUAGAAUUUAAGUUUUAGGAGCGUUGAUUAUUUCCCGACAAGGUUGUACAGAACCCAGAUAAGGUGAGAAGCAUAAAUUAUGUUUUUUAAAGUCAUUUUUGUCUUCUGUUUUUCGGUUCACAAGACUAAUUUUAGAUAACUUAUUUUUAGUAAUGCUAUCCUAAAAAUUGGCAGCAUUUUAUAUAGUAGAUUAAUACCAGCUACAAUAUGAAAUACCGAAAUUAUGAAUAUGCCGUCUUAUGCCUGUAAUAUGUAAUGUUAUCACCGAUAAUGAUCAAUAAUAUUUAAUUAUUUAUUAACACAAAAAUAAAUUUGGAAUCAUUGACUUAGUCAUUUCGAAUUCCCCUGAAUGCUAAGAUUUACACAAUUGAAAUUAUGCUAAUAAAUUAAAAUGCCUUUGGUUAAUGCUAAUAAAUUAAAGGUUAUUAAAAUCGAAAACAAUUUCUGCAUUAUCCAUUUUAUUAUUGCUUUUUAAUGGAAUCCCUAUACUUCAAGAGACGUAUUUCUAAUUUAUAAUAUUUAAUAGUGAAAGCUUAAGACAAUGAAACUUUAUAUUAGACUAGCUGACCCGGCAGACUUCGUAGUGCCUCAAUCGAUAAAUAAAAGACCUAAACUUUUGCAUAAAAUAAACUUAAAACAAACAAAAGAAUCCGUCCGACGGGGGACACAUCAAAGGGAAAACAAAAUUGUAAUUUUUAUUCAAUUCCAAGCAUUUUCAUAUUUAUCUAUCUUCUCUGGACUUCCACAAAUAAUUCAAGACCAAAAUUAACCAGAUCGGUCCAGCCGUUCUCGAGUUUUAGCGAGACUAAUGAACAGCAAUUAAUUUUUAUAUAAUAUAUAGAUAAUAAUGACGUUUCACAAGAUGGCGGCGCGUUGUUUCCGAUUUUGGUCACAUUCAAAGCAACCAGUGUAAUCUGUAGACCUUGUCUGGUAAUGAAUUUGGCUCUCUGUUCGCCACUAGGAUAUGAUUAGUGUGGUUUUGUUGUGUUUUUGUAAUAAUUUGAGUUUUUUUUUAUUAUUAUUAUUAUUAGUGAAGUCAUAAAAAUCAGUGCCUUUGCGCAUUAAAUUAUUCCACAAAUCGAAAUCACAAGACUGGGUGUUGUAGCGUUUGUAAAACUUUUGAAAUUCGGUGUGUACGUAUAUUUAAUGAUUGGUGUUUUGUACGUAAGUAACUUUGAACAUUAUCCCCUUUUUUAUUCGAAUAUGAUCUUCAUAUAUUGCCAUUAAAUAAAAUCACAAUAAUAAUAGUAGGUAUUUAUGAGCAUCAAAUAAAAUUUAGUAUGAUCAGAGGAAUUAUUCAAAUCUCCACUAAUUAUUAAAAAUUAAAAAUAAGACAUAUUCUUCACUUCGAAGACAUUUGAAAGACAAAUUGUACUGACUUGAUAUUUCUUAAAAUAUAUUACUUUGUCUUUAUUAAACUCUUUCGGUUGAAACUUGUGCUGGUUUCAUUUUGCCGAAGGACAUUCAUACUUAAUUUUUGCGUAGUAAAGCUUAUUAUUAUGUAGACGUUGGUCGUUUAGAUCCUUUAUUUCGUAGAUCUCAGUUUUUUUUUUUGUUGCGUUUGUUUAUUAUUUGCUCGGAUUUUUUAUUUAAUUUAAAACAGUAGUUGAUUAGUAUUUUGUUGUAAAUUCUAUAACAUUUUUCGUAAUAUUUAAUUUAGGGUAAGAGACACAUUAUAAAUGUUUUUUUUAGUGCACCAGUGUAAUUUAAAUAUAUUUUAUUCAACUAAUAACGUACUUGAAACAAACUGAUUUUUUCUUCUGAUUAUUAUAUAUGGUGGUAACAUUUGUAAAAUAAAAUUAAUUAUUCAUAAUGUUGGAAAAUUUAAAAAUAUUUCAACUAAAAUCUUUGAAGUGAAAUUUUAAAGACAUGGUUUUUUAUUUUUGCUUGAACAGUUUUCUUUAUAUUUCGUUAGUUUGAUAUUGGUAUUAGUUUACGGCUAUCAACUACGUAUUUAACUAUACAAGGUGUGAAUACGUUGACAAAGAAUCUAUAAUUAAAAGAAAUGUAAUCGUUUCGACUGACAAAUACGGUCGCUCAUUCAUAUUUUAACAUUUAAUUAAAUUUUACCAAUAAAUUUUAACAAAAAAAAAAAAAAAACAGCGCAGUAUUGUAUAUGCUUGCAAUAUGUCAACUUAUUUGCGCCUUGCUUAUACGUAAUAUAGAUGUUACGGUAAAUGUUUGUACACUCUUGGGAAAUAUACACUUUUAUCGGUAAAUGUGCACAUUUACCAAAAAGGUUAGGUAUAUGUGAACUGAAUAUAAUGUAUAUGUACAUUUCCUGGCAAAUUUGUACUCUUGCCUUCACGUUUUGGUAAAUGUAUACUCUUACCUACAUGUUUUAAAAAAAGUUGGAUUACAAAUAAUUUAAUAACGUAGUUGCAAUAAAAAAAUAUUUAUUUAAAUAAACAUAAUACAAAAGGCUUUAAUAACGAAAAUUAUUUUAGUUAAAAAAUGUAAAUGACAAACAAAACAUACUUUUCUUUGCAUAAUAUUUAAUAUGUCGUAGGUUAGGUUAGGUUGUAGUGUGUGUACGCGCAUGCGCACCCCAUUACUAGCAUUUGAGAUUUCGUAUUUUGUAUAUGCCAUGCUCACAUUUACCAAAACGACAUGGCCAUUGUCAAUUCAAUGUACACUUCCCUUCUUUGAAAUUGUAAAUGUUAGUUGAAUGCACAUUACCCAAACGAGGAAGCAAAUGUGCACAUUUACCGGAAAAUGUGUACAUUUGCCGCAAUAUCUACUUUUACCGUAACAUAUACAUACUGACAUGACAGAAUAACUGUCAAUGUCAACAUAAAAAUCCAAAGAAAACGAAACAAUAGAGAUAAACUAACUGUCAACUGUGUUUUGUACAUUCAAUUUAAAAAAGAGAUUUUUCCAUUUUGUAACGUAGAAGUAAGAAAAUAAACAAAAGCGACUUUAAAAUUCUGCUGACAUCUUCAGAACACGCACUACAUGUAUUCAAAGCACUAUUUAUAAAUAUAAAAACAAUGAUAUAUUGAGAUAAUAAAAAUACUAUUUUAACAUAAUAUAAUUACAAAAUAUAUUAUCUUAUGAAAUAAGAUCUGUAAUGCCUUAAACGUGACGUCAUAUCGUUAUUGUAUUACUAAUACAAAAAUAAAAGUGAAUAAAUUAUGAGAUCCUCUAGCAAACAAUAGACAAGAAUAAAAUGUAACUCUAUAUUGAAACAAACAAAAAUAAAUGAACAACAAUAAGCGCUUGGACAGAAGUUUAUAUUUUCAUGUCGAAAAUAUAAUCAAAAAAUUUGGUUAAUUCAUCUAUUUUUUUACAAUUGGUUGAACAUUACCAAAUGUAAAAAAUAGAUUAAUUAAAUAAAAUGAAUAUCUAAUGGUGAAUAUUCCACUAGAUAUUCGUUUGAUUCCUAUGUCAUAUUGGUUUUGGUAACUAUCGUAAUUUUUUUAGAAUUGAAUACAAUUUUUAUUAAACUAGUAAUCAUUAGAUUGGAGUGAUAUAAGUGAGUCGACUAUUAUCAAAGCCGGCAAUGUGACUUUUGGACAAUUAUUGGUAAAUCAGAAAAACGAAUUAUUGACUUUGUAUUCCAUUGGCAGUCACAAAACUCUUCUGAACGACAUCUUAGAUAAAUAACAGGUUAAGUAUUAACCUUUAUUUAAUGCAGGUUUUGAACCGUAUUCUUUGAAGGAGACGAUUAUAUUGAAAUCAAUCUGUAUUGACAUAUCAAUAAAAAUUUUUUUUUUCCAAAUGCACAGAUUGCCACCUUUGAUAAUAGACGACUCAAGUAUAGUUUUAGUAAAUAUACGAAUACGGAGGCUUGUACGACACAAAAAUACAUUUGUGGCGGUCUGAGCAAAAGUAACCUAACCCACAAUUUUUCAUAUUCGUGCUUAUAUGUAUUGCAGAUUUAUUUAAAACAUAAAUUUUCAAAGCAAAACCGGCCUAUCCCUAUUUUGACACCUAGAUAACGGAUGGCUUGUGAACAUUAUUUUGCGCGUAUUGUUUUUGCCUACGAAGCAGUGUAAAAGUAACUUCGAACCUCAUUAUCUCCAUGGUAAGAUUAGGCCACUUUUGCGCUGACAGCCUCAUUUUUAACUUUACAUUAAAACGUAGUAUUCCUAAAAGAGGCCAACACAUAAUUAUUUUAUGAAUAUAAAGUCAUAUCUAUGAAUACAAGACUUGGAUUCAAAUUCUAUCAUAAACAUAUAUGUAUUUACAUUGAUAUUUUUAGCAUUCCAAAGAUGUUUUUAAAUGUAAAUGAUGGCUCUGUACAUAAUUUUAGUUAUUUAUUUUGCAUUUUAUAUGUUUAAUGCAUUUGUCAAUAUACAUUGCAGUGAUAAUCAUCACGGUUCGGUUAACUGAUAAUUAAACAUGUGUCAACUGUAUUUAUUAAAUCUCUUAUCUGAGGAUGUAUUGCCCGAUAAUUAGGAUAAUAAAAAUAUGUAUAUUGUCAUGUAAACAGAACACAUUAGUGUCGAUAAACAUUGAUAACUCACUCACUCAAACAGUUCUUGUAGAGCUAAUUGAUUGCCACAAAAGAUUUAUGUUGCCUUCUAUAUUAAAUACCAGACCAAAUAUACGAUCCUUUAUUUACAAUGAUACAGCAAUUAGAAUUGGCUGAAAAUGUAUUAUAAAUAUUCCAUUACAUUUUUGUAUAGUUACACACAAUCCUGUUAUUAGUAAACAGAAUUUAUUUAUUAAUGUAACAUAUAUUUUUUUUACAAUUAGUUUUUGGGCUUUUUUUAUAUACUUAACACAUGUUGGGCAUAUCCUUAAUUCACUAGAGACACACACAAAAACAAUAUUAUUACAAUCAUCGUGGCAUUACACUCACGAUAAGAAAUAGACAGGAUUAUUAAUAUUAUAGUCAAAUCUAGUUUCAUAUUCCGAACAAGCAGAAUCAAUUAAAGGUAUAUAUAUAUAAGUUUCUUCCUCCCAGUGGAAUUUAUGGACAUUUUUUGUGGCUAACAGGAAUUUGUAAAAUGCAUUUUCAACAUUGGAAUUGUGGCAGCUGAUCAAUAAAAAUUGUAUAUUGUAUUGUAAUUUUGUUAAUAAUAUUUUUCAGAGCUUUUUAAGUUUAAGCUUAUUCUGAGCUUUAAAGUAUUGUACAAUUCUAAUCUAAUUAACCUAGUAGUUUUAUUAAAUAUGAUUAAUAUAUUGAUUGCAGCUUAUAGCGUAAUAUGUUUUUAGAUUUGUGGUGCUUGGGUACUUAUUCGUUUAUAGUAUUUAAAACGAUUUUUUCACUUUUGUUGCAACAACAUUCAUUAAGGAAUUAGUAAUAAAAUGUGUAAUCAAGUUAGUUUUCAAGUGCUUUCAAUUUUCGAGGCUUUUAGAGGGACUCCCCCAAACUAAGACAGUCGUGUCAGUGUUGUGUUUUUUUUUUAAAUUAAAGUUUGUAUUAUUAACUUGAAACCAAGUUAUACAGUUCUUGCCAUUUUAGAAAAAAGAUAUGUCACAGUUUAUGGUUAAUUGAAUAAGUAAAGUCAUUUCUAAAAACUAUGAUUUUAUGAUAAAGAUUUUGUUUGGGAAAGAAAAUCUUAAUCGUCCCACAUUACAUAAAAUACGUACUAGUACAUGUAUAAUUAUAAAGGUUUCGUUGUUUAUAAAAAUAAAAAUAAAAUCUUAUUGGCAA